AUGAACGACCUACCUGGACAUUUCCAAAACGCCGCUCAGGGCGCAUCACGCGCGGGGAGACACGCUGCAUCGGGCAGUUGGGCAAAAACGACAUUGGCAGGAUACAGCGCAGGGAUGUCAAAAUUCAUAGAGUUCAAAAAUAAGACUUCGAGUGGCUUUGACGCAAACAACCCUAUCUCAGACAACGACAUCCACGACUUUAUUGCUUGGGCGGGAGAAACAGGAGAAGGGGUAUUAGACAAACCAACAAGACCAGUAGGAUCCGUGACGAUUAAGAAGUAUCUGGACGGGAUUCGCGCGUGGAACAUUGUCCGACACACGACGGUUCCGACCGCGCACCCAGCCAUUGUCAAAACCCUCCUGGCGGCAAGCAAACGUAGAGAAGAGGAGAAGGAAUUAGUGACAGUGAAAAACCCAAUUAUGAUAAGGCAGUUAUUUAGGUUGUGGGAAGCGACUUACAACGGAUCCGAGACAGAGCUGCUGGUAGGCACGGUCGGAAGACGGAGCUCUCUUGCGGAGACACGUGGAAUUCGGUUCAAAGAGAGGAACGCUGUUUGCGCGGCUACACCUGAGGAAGGCCAAAACCGCUCGGCCAGGCGAGGUACAGAUUAUACACCUUCAGCAACAGCUGAACGUCCUAGACCCGGUGGCCGCUCUGAAAGGUUGGAUGGAACGACAGCCAGAUCAGAGCCCAGACAGCUUCUUAUUCGCAACACAAACGAAGGGCGACAUCAUCCCACUCACCAAAACCCGAUUCAUCAACUCAGCUGGGAAAAUAUGGGGCAAAUCGAGUGUUGGUACAUGGAGCGGGCACUCUUUUCGAGUUGGAGGAGCCUCCCUGAGAUUCAAUCUAAAGACGCCGAUGGAGAAAAUCGCCAAGCAAGGAAGGUGGUCGUCGCUGACAUACUUACGUUACUUGAAGGCGUAUAG